UGAGUAUUCUAGGCUUAAUUUUCGAAUACCCCAUAUUUUUUAUCAAUAUUAUGCCAGCUUUGUAAUCUGUUGACUAGGCGUACAGAGAGACACCAAACAGCAAACUGUCAUUUUAUUGUGUGACGUGUAAUUGUUGAUAAAUUUCGAGGUUAUUUCGCCUCAAGAUCUCCACGCAGAAUUGUUAGAAGAAAAAUAGAUCACAAUGAUUACAGACAUUCAGUUGGCAGUUUUCUCGAACAUUCUAGGAGUUUCCAUCUUUUUAUUGGUUAUCCUCUACCACUAUAUCAGUGCAAAUAGCUCAAAAUGAAUGGUCAUCGUCAUAAAUAGACACAAUGAAUUAUAUUUUUACAGCAGGAAACUGUAAUAUGUUAAGAUGUAAAUAAAUUAAGUUUUCUUAUAUAUCAA